AUGGGCAAAAGCUCCAAGGUUCGUCAGUCCAAUGUGAUAGUGAAUAUUGUGAAGGUUUUCAGCAUGUGGGAUUCAUCCGAAAGCCAUGCCCCCAAUGAGGGCACUGGUGAAUUCAAGUACAAUCCUCAGUUCACUUGCUGUCGGGAUAAGGGCUCCAAACAUCGGUCAAAGAUGCCCUACAUCCAAUUCAGCAUAAGACAAGGUAGGCACAAACAGGAGCAGAAUGCAACUGCACCAAUUGUGCCUGUACCGCAAACCGAGACCGCCGCAGGCGCUGGCAGUUGGUCUUCGAAGGACUCCCAGCCACUGGGGACCGAUACAAGCCAGAAAAAGGAGCUGCGGUGCCGAUCGGGCCCGGCGAUAGCCUUUGGAUCACAGGCUCCACGCUUCAAGCCUGAGGGCAAGGGAGUCAGCGGUGGUAAUCCUCCCCCAGGCUCCUACGACCCUUACAAGCCGCGAGAGGAACGGCCAAAACUCUUCCAGCCCUUCACUCUGGCUCCUAUUCUGAACAGAUCGGUUCCCAUAAUGGAUGAUGUGGGACCUGCUACCUACAAGUUUGAAAGUCCUAUCGACCAGGAGUUGAGGGAACUGAAGGCGAAGACAAAGGCGUUUGACGCCUUCCAAGAGGCUCGACUGGCUCCUAUGAAGCACGGUUAUUAUGUUGUGGAUCACUGUCACGACUUGGGCCCUGGAAGCGUGGAUUUUCCAUCAAUGACUGACCUGCUCAAGAACAGACACAACAACCUGAAAGGCAGAUUUCUGAAGAACGAGCGCUUUCCAAAGAAGCCACAUGAACGCAUGUUCUUGGAUAUUCCACAGAAUUUGAGAGCAGAUAAAUCGGUAAGUUUGUAA